ACGAGCCCUCCCCCGCGGCGCCAUGCACUGAAGCAGCGGCUGGGAUUGUUUGCGCGCUGAGUCCCACCAGCGGGGAGCGUGGAGGGCGGCAGUUCCCUUUUGUUUGGAGAUUUCGCCGCAUUCGGGGAAGGAGGCGGCGGAGGGCGUCAUGGCGUCUGCCUUUUCCAAUGGUCCCGGCGUCCCGAGCGAAGCGGAGGUGGUGCACCUCUGCCGGAGCCUGGAAGUGGGCACCGUCAUGACUUUGUUUUACUCCAAAAAAUCCCAGCGGCCGGAGAGGAAAACUUUCCAGGUGAAGCUCGAAACGCGGCAGAUCACUUGGAGCCGGGGCUCGGAGAAGGUCGAAGGGGCGAUCGAUAUUCGCGAAAUCCAAGAGAUUCGUCCAGGAAAUAAUUCCCGAGAUUUUGACCGAUACCAGGAGGAUCCGUCUUUCCGACCGGACCCGUCUCACUGCUUCGUUGUCCUCUAUGGAAUGGAGUUCAGGCUGAAAACUCUCAGCCUGCAAGCCACAUCCGAGGACGAAGUCAACAUGUGGAUCAAAGGGUUGAACUGGCUGGUGAUGGAUACUCUCAAUGCUCCCACUCCCCUGCAAAUCGAAAGAUGGCUCCGGAAACAAUUCUACUCACUGGAUCGCAACCGAGAAGACAGGAUUUCGGCGAAGGAUUUGAAAAACAUGCUGUCCCAGGUCAACUACCGAGUCCCAAACAUGCGGUUCCUGCGGGAGAGAUUGACGGACAUGGAGCAGAGGAACGGGGAUAUAACGUACAGCCAGUUCGUCCAGCUUUACCGGAGCCUGAUGUACGACGCCCAGAAAACGAUAGAGCUCCCGUUCCUGGAAAGGUGUGGCGAGAGAUUUGAGCACUCCAAGAUCUCUCUGCUGGAGUUCCAGAAGUUCUUACUGGAGUAUCAGAUGGAGCUGUGGGCUACUGACACCCUCCAGGUUCAGGAGUUCAUGUUUAACUUUCUGAGAGACCCACUGAGAGAGAUCGAGGAGCCUUAUUUCUCUCUGGACGAGAUUCUCACCUUCCUCUUCUCGAAAGAGAACAGCAUCUGGAACUCGCAGCUGGACACGGUGUGCGUGGAGAACAUGAACAACCCCCUCUCCCAUUAUUGGAUCUCCUCCUCCCACAACACGUACCUGACGGGGGAUCAGUUCUCCAGCGAAUCCUCCUUGGAAGCCUACGCGCGCUGCCUGCGCAUGGGAUGCCGCUGCAUUGAGCUGGAUUGCUGGGACGGGCCUGAUGGCAUGCCCGUGAUUUACCAUGGACACACCUUAACCACCAAAAUCAAAUUCUCUGAUGUUUUGAUCACAAUCAGGGAACAUGCCUUCGUGACCUCUGACUAUCCCAUCAUCCUGUCUAUUGAAGACCAUUGCAGUAUUGCCCAGCAGAGGAACAUGGCCCAGAACUUUAAGAAGGUUUUUGGGGACAUGCUCUUGACUAAGCCGGUGGACAUAUCCUCUGACGGGCUCCCCUCGCCAAACCAGCUGAAGAGGAAGAUUCUCAUUAAGCACAAGAAGCUGGCAGAGGGCAGUCCUUAUGAAGAGGUGCCAUCGUUAGUGUACUCGGAGAACGAUCUCAGCAACUCGAUCAAGAACGGGAUCCUCUACCUGGAAGAUCCCAUCAAUCAUGAAUGGAAUCCACAUUACUUUGUCCUGACCGCCAGCAAGAUCUAUUACUCUGAGGAGACGACCAGCCACCAGGGAAACGAGGAUGAGGAAGAGCAAAAGGAGGUGAGCAACAGCACUGAACUUCACUCCACUGAGAAGUGGUUUCAUGGCAAGCUGGGGGCUGGGCGUGAUGGGCGCCACAUAGCAGAGCGGUUGCUGAUGGAGUACUGCAUAGAGACUGGUGCCCCUGAUGGGUCUUUUCUAGUACGAGAGAGCGAAACCUUCGUGGGAGACUACACCCUCUCUUUCUGGCGCAAUGGGAAGGUGCAACAUUGCCGCAUCCAUUCCCGGCAGGACGCCGGCAGCCCCAAGUUCUUCCUCACGGACAACCUGGUGUUCGACAGCCUUUACGACCUCAUCACCCAUUACCAGCAGGUGCCUCUGCGGUGCAACGAGUUCGAGAUGAAGCUGACUGAGCCUGUGCCGCAGACCAACGCCCACGAGAGCAAGGAGUGGUACCACGCCAACCUCACCCGGCCCCAGGCCGAGCACAUGCUGAUGAGAGUGUCACGGGACGGAGCCUUCCUGGUGCGCAAGAGAGCUGAGCCCAACUCCUACGCCAUCUCGUUCCGGGCGGAAGGGAAGAUCAAGCACUGCCGAGUGCAGCAGGAGGGCCAGACUGUGCUCCUGGGCAACUCUGAGUUCGACAGCCUGGUGGAUCUGAUCAGCUACUACGAGAAGCACCCGCUCUACCGCAAGAUGAAGCUGAGGUACCCCAUCAACGAGGAGACGCUGGAGAAGAUCGGGACAGCGGAGCCCGAUUAUGGAGCCCUUUAUGAAGGACGCCAUCCAGGAUUCUAUGUGGAGGCCAAUCCUAUGCCAACGUUCAAGUGCGCCGUCAAGGCCCUGUUCGACUACAAGGCGCAGCGGGAAGACGAGCUAACCUUCAUGAAGAACGCCAUCAUCCAGAACGUGGAGAAGCAGGAAGGAGGCUGGUGGAGAGGAGAUUAUGGGGGCAAAAAGCAGCUGUGGUUUCCUUCCAACUACGUCGAGGAACUAGCCAGCCCUAGUGGCCAGGAGCCUGAGACAGAGCAGCUAGAUGAGAACAGCCCCCUGGGAGUCCUGCUCGGAGGCACCCUGGACGUGCCGUCAUGCCAGAUAGCCAUCCGCCCCGAGGGGAAGAACAACCGCACCUUCGUCUUCUCCAUCAGCAAGGCCUCCAUGUCGCGCCCGUGCAUGGACGUGGCGGCUGACACGCACGAGGACCUGGUGGACUGGGUGAAGAAGAUCCGGGAGGUUGCCCAGACUGCUGAUGCCAGGCUCUCUGAAGGGAAGAUGAUGGAGAGGAGGAAGAAGAUCGCCCGGGAGCUGUCAGAACUUGUCAUCUACUGCCGGCCUGUCCCCUUCGAUGAAGAGAAGAUCGGCACCGAAAGGGCCUGUUACAGGGAUAUGUCCUCCUUCCCCGAGACCAAGGCGGAGAAGUACGUCAACAAGAUCAAAGGCAAGAAGUUCCUACAAUACAACCGGCUGCAGCUCUCCCGCAUCUACCCCAAGGGCCAGCGCCUCGACUCCUCCAACUACGACCCCCUGCCCAUGUGGAUCUGUGGCAGCCAGCUGGUGGCGCUCAACUUCCAGACCCCAGACAAGCCCAUGCAGAUGAACCAGGCCCUGUUCAUGUCCAGCGGCCUGUGUGGGUACGUGUUGCAGCCAGCCAACAUGCGGGAUGACCUCUUCGACCCUGAUGCCCUGGAGGGACAGAACCUGGAGCUUGGCUCUGUGUGCGUGUCAAUCGAAGUCCUUGGGGCACGACAUCUUCCCAAAAACGGGAGGGGGAUCGUUUGCCCAUUUGUGGAGGUCGAGGUGUCUGGAGCAGAGUACGACAGUGCCAAACAGAAGACAGAGAUUGUUGCGGACAAUGGUCUGAACCCCUUCUGGCCCCAGAAGCUCUUCAGUUUCCAGAUCUGCAACCCCGACUUCGCCUUCCUGCGCUUUGUGGUGUAUGAGGAGGACAUGUUCAGUGAUGAGAACUUCUUGGCACAGGCUACGUUCCCGGUGAAAGGCCUGAAGACAGGGUACAGAGCUGUGCCGUUGAAGAACAACUACAGUGAGAACCUGGAGUUAGCCUCCCUGCUUGUUAAAAUAGAGAUCUUCCCUGGCAAGCAGGAAAACGGAGAAAUUAACCUCUUCGGCGCCUCAGCCCUCCGAGAACGGACAGGAGACCCUUCAGGUCAGCUCCUGACAAACCGAGCCCGGGAAGGGUCCUUCGACGCCCGCUACCAGCAGCCAUUUGAGGAUUUCCGGGUGUCGCAGGAGCAGCUAGCAGACCAUUUUGACAUCAGAGAGCGAAGGGUACUGCGCAGGACCAGGGUGAACGGGGACAACCGGCUCUAGACCAACUUCCCCUGCUGAAAAGCACCUCCAGUGCUUGUGAUUAUCACGGAACGCUGUGAACUGGUUUCUAUGGAAACGUCACUGCUUUGGCCUACUUUCAGGCAGCUUUUUCCAGUUUCUCCACUGGUGUGUGUUUGAAUGGAGAAAUGACAAAAACAAAACAAAACACCACCCAACUACCGUCUACUACACCAAGCCCGUAAUCAAGUGUAUUGAUGUGCACAGACUGUCAGCUAUAUAAGGCUGGACCAUAACUGUGUCUAUAGUCAAACAACCCCCUUUGAGCCUAUAUCCUGAGAAAUCUAGACCCCAGCACUGCUCAGAAGCUGGUACGGAAGCUUUUUACAGCAUUAACUCGAUGUAAAUGUUUCCCACCACCCGUCCUGAGUGCCUGCAUCAUCUCCCUCCUUUGUGCUCCCACAGGGAGGUACUUUCUAAGAACUGGGCAGGAUGCACCUCAGUCCUAUUGUUGUUGUAUCAAAGUACCUGUAUAGCCUCGGCCUCUGGGUCCAGAAGUGAAACUCAAAGUUUACAAGGCCCCUCUUGUUUUCAGUUACAAUAAAAAAGUCAGUGUUAA